CUCUAAUCGCUUGUACUUUUGGAGGGCUGAAGUUUGGCUCCCCCUUGCUGUAUGGGAAGCUGGAAUCUCGGGGGCAAGAGGGGGUGGGAUCAGGGUCCCCACUGCCCAGGAGCCCCUCCAAGCUGCGGCACAAUGUGUCCUGUGAUGGAGGGGAAGGAAGCGAGUCCAGACAACUUCUGGCCAGCUACAACGACGAAGACAUCUACCUGUUCAAUUCCUCUCACAGCGACGGGGCUCAGUACAUCAAGCGAUACAAGGGACAUCGAAACAAUGCUACAGUGAAAGGCGUGAACUUCUACGGGCCGACGAGCGAGUUUGUGGUCAGCGGCAGCGAUUGCGGUCACAUCUUCCUGUGGGACAAGUCAUCCUGUCAAAUCGUACAGUUCAUGGACGGCGACAAGGGCGGCGUGGUGAACUGCUUGGAGCCGCACCCCCACCUGCCCGUCCUGGCGACCAGCGGCCUCGAUUACGACGUCAAAGUCUGGCUGCCCACCUCCAAGGAGCCGACCGAGCUCGACGGCCUGAAGGAGGUUAUCAAGAAAAACAAACGUGAAAGGGACGAGGACAGCCUACACCACGCCGACCUGUUCGACAACCACAUGUUAUGGUUUCUGAUGCACCAUCUACGACAGAGGGGCCACCGCAGGAGGAGAAGAGACCAAGCCACAGGCGACAACGAAUCUGAUGACUCCCCAAGCACCUCUGACAGCUCCGACGACGACGAAGAGGGUCCCGAUCGAGUACAGUGCAUCCCGUCAUGAGCAUCCCGCUACUCCCCCCCCACCCCAAACAGUCCCACUUCUCCUCGGUGUGGAGCUUCCCCGCCUCCCUCUUCUUUUUUGUUUUUUCUCUCCCCCGAGCAGAGUUGGGGCAAUGCUCUACUUAAUAGACAUUUUUUCAGCUUUUUAUUACAGUUCUAGGACUAUAGUCUAAGAAACCCCCCCCACGCUUGUCCUCUUCAGUCUCGUUUCUUUCCCCCCGGAGAGCGGGCACUCUGCUUGGCAAAAUUUGCACUUUGGAUUUACCGACUUUCAUGUGAAAAAAAA